AUGGCAGCGACACCAGCACGCAGAGGCGUCUCCGCCCUGCUCUCCGCUUCGUCAUCAAGAACAAUCGCCAAUCGGAUACAGCAGCGGGGCUUCACCUCGUCCCGCAUCUUCGCCGCAUACGCGACUGCACCCAGGCCAGCAGCGACGAGCACGACAAGCACAACCAGUACCUCCACAGCUGCCAAGCCAGCAACUACAGCGUCAACAGCGGCAAAACCCGCGACCACAGCGACCCCACAGCGGACAGUACAACCCCAAUUUGUCGCUAAAGAACCGCCCAUACCAACAACACGCAAUGCCACUGCAGACAGCGCAGCUUCCGCAGCCCGCAAACAACGCUCCCUCACCGACGGACUCUCCGAUGCCCCGCCCGAGCUGGAAGGCGUACCAGCGAUAGACUGGACACGCUCGUACCAUGGUCUCGGCUCCGUAUCGUUUACACCCGAACAAGGAGAAUUGCUACUCGCGCCUAUCACGCAGGACGACGUGGAGGUGAAGCCUGAUGGUAUCAUAUACUUACCUGAGAUCAAGUACAGGCGGAUAUUGAACAAGGCGUUCGGACCUGGAGGGUGGGGUCUUGCGCCGAGAGGCGAGAGUAUUGUUACGGGCAAGUUGGUGACGAGGGAGUAUGGACUUAUUGUGCAGGGACGACUUGUCUCCAUCGCCCGUGGCGAGCAACAAUACUUCGACCCCGACGGCAUUCCCACUGCGACCGAAGGCUGCAAAUCGAACGCCCUGAUGCGAUGUUGCAAAGACCUGGGUAUCGCGUCUGAACUCUGGGAUCCGCGCUUCAUUCGGGAUUUUACGAAUAAGAUGACGAAGGAGGUGUGGGUGGAGCACGCGAGUACGAAGAAGAAGAGGAAGAUUGUGCUGAGGAAGGACGAUACCGCCAAGUAUCCGUACAAGGAGGUGAAGUUGUAA